AUGGACAUUGAAGAUCUCAGAGGGGAGCACUCACACAGAGGAGGCAGCAGAGCUGAAGGUCUGCUGUGGGGCUGGAGAUGGCACCUGUCAGACCAUCUCCAGCCACCUCGUGCUGACGAGGAAAGCAUGGAGGGGACAGCUCAGCAGGAGUCCAACCAGGAGGUGAUCAGGGAAGCUCACUGUGACCUCAACGACCAGCGGACGGGGAAGCCAUAUGUGUUCGACCGAGUCUUCCCCCCAACCACUGAACAGGUUCAGGUGUACGACACCUGUGCCAAGCAGAUCGUCAGGGAUGUGUUGGGAGGAUAUAACGGCACCAUCUUUGCUUAUGGUCAGACCUCCUCAGGAAAGACUCACACAAUGGAGGGGACCCUUCAUGACCCUCAUCAGAUGGGCAUCAUCCCUCGUAUUUCCAGAGACAUCUUCGACCACAUCUACUCCAUGGAUGAGAACCUGGAGUUUCACAUCAAGGUGUCUUAUUUUGAAAUCUAUUUGGAUAAAAUCAGAGACCUGCUGGAUGUGUCAAAGACCAACCUGGCUGUUCAUGAAGAUAAGAACAGAGUUCCCUUUGUGAAGGGCUGCACGGAGCGCUUUGUUUCCAGUCCCGAGGAGGUGAUGGACGUUAUCGAUGAAGGAAAAGCAAACAGACACGUCGCUGUGACCAACAUGAACGAGCACAGCUCUCGCAGUCACAGCAUUUUUCUGAUCAACAUCAAACAGGAGAACGUGGAGACAGAGAUGAAGCUAUCAGGGAAACUUUACCUGGUGGACCUGGCAGGCAGCGAGAAGGUGAGUAAAACAGGAGCAGAGGGUGCCGUUUUGGAUGAGGCUAAAAACAUCAACAAGUCUCUGUCUGCUCUGGGGAACGUCAUCGCUGCCCUGAGUGAAGGAACGAAAACCCACGUUCCAUACAGAGACAGUAAGAUGACCCGGAUCCUUCAGGACUCUCUGGGUGGAAACUGUCGAACUACCAUCAUCAUCUGCUGCUCGCCGUCUGUUUACAACGAGGCUGAAACAAAGUCCACGCUCAUGUUUGGACAGAGAGCUAAAACCAUAAAGAACACAGUGUCUGUGAACCUGGAGCUGACCGCUGAGGAGUGGAAGAAGAAGUAUGAGAAGGAGAAAGAGAAGAACAGGAGUCUGAACAUCAUGAUCCAGAAACUGGAGAAUGAGCUGAAACGCUGGAGGAAAGGUGAGUCUGUACCUGUGGAGGAACAGCUGGGCAACAGAAACAAGAAGUGCAGCAGUGAGACAGCAGCAGCGAUUGACAGCUUGGCUCCGCCCCCUGUCGCCCUGUCUGUGGAGGAGAAGUCGCAGUAUGAGACUCUCAUCACUGACCUGUACCAGCAGCUGGACGACAAAGAUGAUGAGAUCAACCAGCAGAGUCAGAUGUCUGAGAAACUCAAACAGCAGCUGAUCGACCAGGAUGAGCUGCUGGCAUCUAUCCGCCAGGACUAUGAGCGGCUGCAGGAGGAGCUGUCCCGCCUGCAGAGGGAAAGCGAUUCAGCUAAAGAGGAGGUGAAAGAGGUGUUGCAGGCGCUGGAGGAGCUGGCUGUCAACUAUGACCACAAGAGUCAGGAGGUGGAGAAUAAGAACCGCUGCAAUGAACAGCUGAACGACGAGCUUGCUCACAAAACUGUCAGUCUGGAGGCUGUUCAGAGGGAGCUGUCCUCCCUGCAGGAGCUCAGCUCUCAUCAUAAGAGGAGGUCAGCGGAGAUCGUCACUUUGCUGCUCAGAGACCUCAGUGAGAUCGGCAGUGUUCUCGGAACCACCGAGCUCAAAGCUAUGACUGAAGUGAGUGGAGUGAUGGAGGAAGAGUUCACCUCUGCCCGACUCUACAUCAGUAAGAUGAAGUCUGAAGUCAAAUCUCUGGUGAACCGCAGCAAACAGUUGGAGGUCAACCUGACAGAAAACACCUGCAAGAUGAAGGCGAAUGAGAAGGAGCUGAGCACGUGCCAGCUGCUCGUGUCGCAGCUCCGGGCAAAGCUGGGGUCUCUCACCGAUGACCUCCAGAAGGUGGAGCAGAAGAAGAGGCAGCUGGAGGAGAGUCAGGAUGCUCUGAUGGAGGAGGUCGCCAAGCUCCGCGCUCAAGGUCAAAUGCACGAGCUGACAGUGAUGGACAAAGAGAAAGAACACAUGAGCCAGCUGAAGGAUGUUGUGGAGAUGAAGAGAACGCUGGAGGAACAGAUGGAGAACCACCGGGAGGUUCAUCACAAACAGCUGAGUCGACUCCGAGAUGAGAUCGAUCAGAAACACAGAGACGUCGACCGACUCAAAGACGUGAAUCAGGCUCUGCAGCUGGAAAACAGGAAGCUUCAGUCUGACUUGGACAAACUGAGAGCAGAGGAUCAGAACAAAGACCAGAAGCUUCAAAAGCUCAUGUUUGUGAACGAGAAGAGAGAACAAGCCAAAGAAGACCUGAAGGGUUUGGAGGAGACAGUGGCCAAAGAGCUGCAGAUGCUCAACGACCUUCGCAAACUCUUCAUCGACGACAUCGGAGCUCGAAUCAAGAAUAGUUCAGAGAAUGACAGCGAUGAGGCUGGUGGCAGUUUGGCUCAGAGACAGAGGAUCGUCUUCUUAGAAAAUAACUUGGAGCAGCUCAGCAGGGUCCACAAGCAGCUGGUUCGGGAUAACGCUGAGCUCCGCUGUGAGCUGCCCAAAUUGGAGAAGCGUCUCCGGGCUACAGCGGAGCGAGUGAAAGCUCUGGAAACUGCUCUGAAAAAUGCAAAAGAGUCAGCCGUGAGGGAUCGCAAACGCUACCAACAGGAAGUUGACCGCAUCAAAGAGGCUGUGCGGUCCAAAAACCUGUUCAGGAAAGGACACUCGGCUCAGAUUGCCAAGCCAAUAAGAGCCGGUCAUCAGCACCAUCAGAAUCCGUCCUUCUCCCAUGCUAUCCGACCUACCAUCAGAGGAGGGGGUGCAGGGUCCAGCCCACAACACCAACCCCCCCGACACCAACCUCAGCAACAUCUCCACCAGAGCAGCAGCAGCAAGUAGGCUCCAGGUAGCAGAUGACUCUGGAUCAGUUUCCUUUUCUGUGGAUCUUUGAACUCUCCUGUUUUCACCACUCUGCCUAUACUGGAACCACACCCCACAAUGUUCUGCCUUAACAGCCAUUCCACCUUAAACAAUCCACCUUAACAGCCUUGCCAGCUUAACAAACAUUCCACCCUAACGCAGGUGCUCUCUCUGACUGUUUUCUGAAUUUUUGUUGUUGUUUUUUAUUCUCAAACAAUCAAAUAUCUUCAAAGAAUUACCGCUAAGAAAAGUUAGUAUCUUCUUUUUUUUUUUUUUUUUUAACUAAAUGACAUUUUUAGAUUUUGGGGUCUCUGUUGCCUUUAUUACACAGCACAGUGGAGAAAGAGAGGAAGGAUGCUCUCGGAUCAGUUCUGCCUGGUCGCUGCGUCUGGUUGCCUUUAGCUGUGAGCUAAACCUGAGUCUGAAUCUGAGUCUGUAAACCUGUCAGUGUUUACUCAUCAUGUUUAAGACAUUCAACUCUCAGAUUUAAAGCAAACCGAUUUUUCACAGAGGUGCAGAAUUCCUCGUUUGAAAUUAAAUUAAAAAAUAGUUUAUUAUCUUUAAAAAGUGUUAUUCUCCAAACCUAGGGGUAAUCUGGAAAUGCUGCUCCCUGAUUCCAACUCCACCCAAGGACAAAAACUUUUAGCAGUCUAAACUCUACGCAGCCGUUUGUUGACUUCGGCAGUGAGCCACGCCAAAAUAAAGGUCCCUAAUGUUCCCUGCCCAAUAUGAAAGUCAAACAACAGAUAGAUUUCUAACCCAAGGUCCUACUCAAACAAGAGAAAACAGAUUUCAACAGAAAAGGCUUCUCAUUUAUAUCAGGCUGCUGCCGUGUUUAACA